AUGGGUGCGCAAUACUCCACCGGAACCUUGUCUGCGGAUUGGAAAGGCUGGCUGGAGGAGCGUUGCUCCCUUGAGCACGUUCGCAGAAUUUACAACGAGUUCCGGGCAUUGGUGUCCUCCAGACGGGACGACGAUGGAUUCUUCAUAAACCACCGUGAUUUCCUCAAGGUGUUUGGAGAUGUGGGCAACUAUCCACCGGCGGGGCAGGGAGCGUGGCAAGGUAACGCCGGCGGCCUGCGUGUGAAUCGCAAACAGGUACGCCCAGCCGACGCCGAGCGCCACCGAAGAACGCAUCUAGACAAGUGCUUCUCGUGCUUCGACGUGCUGGAACGGGGCCGUGUGCCCUCGGGAAUGGUGUGGGGAGGGCUUGCCCUCCUCACUGGGGCUCCCGAGCUGAGCAAGGUCAAGUUCAUCUUGGGCAUGUACGAUGCCGACAGAGAUGGGAUGGUCAACGAGACCGAGCUCCGGAUGGCCAUGAGUGCGUGCGCCACGGGGUUUUGUCGACUGCACAGAGUGGAGCCCCCGCCAGAUGGCAAAAUUCAUUCCCUAGCCCAAGAAGCAUUCCUCCAUCAGGCGGCCGUGGCAGAAGCGUUGGCCACUCGCACGGCAGCUGACGGGGGGCAGAAGACCGCGGGCGAGGAAACCGCCUCUGCAACGUCGACGGCCACUUGCGUCGCCAAGACCGCCCCCACCGGCUCCGUCGGCAGCGGUGGUACUGGUCCGACCUCAAAGAGCACCGGUGCUGUCCUGGUUAGCGCGAGCAUUUCGGCAGCAGCGGUAUCAAGUUUCUGCUGCGCAAACUCGCGAUGCCGGAACUUCUUGAAGGGCGUGGGGGCCACGGGCUCCGCGGACCUCGUUCUGCUCUACCGUCACGAGCACGAGCUCCUUCGCGAACUUUCUGAGGUGGACAGUGCUCUUGACGACUACGACAGGCGGGCGGAGUAUGCCGCAAGUGAAGUCAGGGCGUACGCCACAGAGAGAGGCGGUGAUGCACGUAGGCUGGUGGUUACCCGAGCGAGGGUGCGUACGCUUGCAGAGAAGUGGGGGGUCGGGAGGAUUCUGGAGCCCGCCGCCAUCCGCGCACUGCUCGAAAAACGGGCGCCAGGCGGUGACGGGAACUCAGCAGGAGGUCCAGGCGGCUUGAACGAUGAUUCUCCCUUCACCAUGGCGAACAGCAGCCAAGAAAAUCACGACAAAGCAGAUCCAACAUCAACGAUACCUGCUGCGUCACAGCAGCGUGAUGGUCUUAGUAACAGUAGUGGUGGUGGUGGUCGCCGAAUAUCGUGGGUGAAGCCUCUUGGAUCCCCAAGCCCUCUUGCAACCCCGCGGACCAACGCGGGAGUCGAAAGAGUAGGGAGCAGUCGAUCCCUGCAUGCUGCGACCGCCUUGGGUUGGUCGGAUGGAUUCGCCUCGCUACCGGAGGUCCAGAUGCAAGUUUUGGCGGAGGUUGGAAGGCUCGUGCGCGCAGCCGCGAAGAAGGGGAUAGGGGCCGCGAGCGGGGCGCAAUCUGCGGGAUUAAUGGCUGCCGCUAAGGAUACGCGGGCGCUUGAGGAGCAGAACAAAAGGAGGGCCGCCCGGCGGGCGGAGCGAGAGAGGGGAAUCAACGAACGCGCCCGCGAAGCCGCGCUUAACCUCGGGCGAGGAGAGUGGAAGACGUCGGGAGCAGCGGAUAGCACGAGCUUUGCGAGGGCGUACAAGCUGGGCAUCUCCAAAAGGGCGAAUCAACGCCAGUCCAAGGGAACAGGAGGGGGUGCGGAAGGAGGCAUGCGACUUGCUGCGCUCGCCAGGGGUGGAGAAGGGCGGGCAUCACUUAGCGGAGGGGAGAUGCGAAGCGUUCGGGACUGGGACCUGCUCAAGGCGGAGCAUGCCGCGGCCAACGGCAAUGAAGGGGAGGUGGAGAAGGACACGCAGUGGACUGCGCCGUUCGCGGCCCGCCUGGAUGUAGAUACUCUGGAAGACCUGGUGGAAGGCGCCGGGGGGUUUGUUACGGACAGGGAGGCGGAGGAGGCCUUGGCUGACGGGGGGGACCUCGAGAAGGACCAGCUGGGCAGGGUGACCCUCCUGGGAUUCAUUCGUUGGUGCCGUCUGAGGGAAAAGAGGCGGCUGGAAGCGGAAGCCAGGCGUCACAACCCCCCGCCUCCGUGGAAGGAGCGCUUAAAACACUGGCACAAGGUGUGGAACGAAGGUGUCAUCCUAGAGCUAGCGCGCCUGAAGAGGAGCAUCCUCGCUCGAAACACCCUUCAGAAGAACGCCCGAACGGCCGACAUGAGUGCGGGCGACAACGAGAGUGGAAGCUUGGCCUCGAGCACGGAAAGCAGCUUUGAAGCUCUGGGGGCCGUCAUCGGUGGGAAGAUGGGUGGGCAUCUACAAAGCGGGAGAGGGAAACGCCAUGCUAACGGGGCGAAGCUCUCGCCAGAGCCGCGCUUCUCUCGGUUCGCCUGCUCGAUAACGAUCCCGCGUCCGACUCAGCAUGACGGGUUGACAGCAUCCGAUUCUGUAGACCCUUCCAACGGUAGUGGUAGCGGCGACGGCGAUGGACCGGGCGGGGCAGGAGGCAGUGGUAGCAAGGGCGCGGGGAGGAAGGCCUCAUCGUCCAACAACGACGGAAGGGGACGUGGUGGCAGUCAUGCUAACAAGUCCUCUUCUCCAUUUUCGACAAACGGCCAGACAAAUUCAGCAUAUCAUUCUUCUGGUGGAGGGAGUGGCAGCGGUGGCGGUGGCCCUACUGGUACUACUAAUGCGGCGGCGGCGGCGGCGGCGGCGUGGGGAUCGAAGAUAAGGCUGGAUAUCGUAAGGGCGGACGCGGAGAGAGGUGCUGGGUUGACUCCACGUUCCCCAGGCCGUUCCCCGCGUCCUGGGGGUGAAGGUGGCGGGGCAGCUGCGUCAACUAGAUUUGACCCCCCCGCGAGAGAGCUGCUACAAGCGUACGAAGAUGAACAGAAAAAGUUGCAGUUAGUUUUCUGGCAGGAGCAAGGGAUGGCCAGAAAGAAGCGAGAGGAAAGGGCCAAGGCAGAAGGGGUUUCCAAAAAGGAACGAGAGGCGGCUGAAGCAGAAGAAGGGCGCAAGGCCGCCAGAGAGGCCCCCCAGGUGAAAGAGAUGCACGCCGUGGCCUGGCUGGAUAUGCCCUUUCUUGCGGUCGCCCCUCCGCCGUCUCCUCUUGAGGAAGCCCAGGGACGAGGUCGAGAGGCAUCGUCCGCUACACCACGCAGUGCUCGGUCAACAUCUGCUGCUGCCACCCCAGGGGGAAGCGUUCGUCGUACAGCCGCGAAGUCUCCCGGUGAUGGCCGAGGGUCGUUGGGGUCCCCCCCAGGUAGCAUCGAAACCGCCGGGGGUGGGUCAGGGUCAGGGUCAGGGUCGGGGCAGACGUCGCUUCUUGCGGCGCUGGCGGCGGAGCGAGAUGCGGCCUUAGAGCUAGAGGCGGCGGAGGCUUCUGCAGCAGAAAGGGUGGCGCGGGAGUUCAGGGGCUUCUUCCAAAACAUCCCUAGGGACUACCGAAACGAGCUCGGAUUCACCGAUGUUCUCGUCUCGGUCGUUCGCAUCCGCUACGGCAACAACUCCCCGAAAACCUUUGCUGGGGCCGGGGCCGCAACUCCUCGAUCCCCUCGCCAGCCCGUGGGCCGUGGCUCCAAGCCGACAACAACCACAACAGGGGCCGCGGCGGCGGCAGCUUCGUCGAAUGUCAGCCCACGCGGAGGUGUAGGCGCUUCGACGACGAGUCGAGGGGCGCGGCGCGUGCUCAGGGUGGCCUUUUUCUGGGAAAGGGACCCCUUUGAAAUGACUGCCCGCCCCAAGACGGAACGUAACGAGCUGGAAAUGACAGCUUCGAUGGGAGAGGUGCUAGACUUCAUGGACCCGUGGAAAAACUUCAAACGGAGAUUGUACGGCCCUCAAGAGGAAGAGCUGCCGAACGACUCAAUCGACCCAAGAGCGUAUGCCAGGGAGGUUCUAGAAGAGAUCGAGCGAGCUUCAGAACUCCUGGAGCAAGUGCCGUCCAUGAGCUUCGACCGACUUCGCCCCGUCCUCGCCAAGCAUGGCUUGAGCGAGGUCGGCACUCUCGCCGAUCUUUCGGCCAGGGUUACAAGGGCCUUGGAGGGGAGGAUCAAGGGCGCGGCGGGGGGCGGGGCGCUAAGCAAGUUCGGGGAGAGGGCGGCCAGAAUGUUGUUCCGAGCGGCCGACAAGGAUCUCGAUGGAGGCUUGAGCUACUCGGAGAUGGUAGGAAUGCUGCGGCGGAUGGGGAUGCGGGCCACGCAUGGCGCGAUGCCCACUGAACUCGACUACCUCCACACCCUCAAGGAAAUGGGAGUCAAGACGGACAGACAAGGCUACGUGACGGAGGAUGGGCUCGUAGCCUUCUACCGGGACUUCGGUCGCCUAGGGGACGAUAUCGAGGCCAGCGGGGUUGCUUCGCUUAAUUCACUGUUGGGGGUGAAGGUAUCCGCCGUGGGACAAGUCGACGCCCUUGCCGCCGAGCGACUAGAAGACAUGACCAUAGAGGAGCACCCUCAGCUAGGCCGCGCUGAAAAGGCCCUGUCGUUUUUGCUAAGGUUUGCAGUGGAUUCGCACCUGGAUUGCUCUGGGGAAAGCAUCGCUGACUGGCUGGCGCCCGCAGAUGGAGACGUGCGACUGAAGGAGUGGUUGUUGAGCCCUGGAUGGGCUUCGAGAGCUGUGGAAGAGAUACAAAAGUGGUUGGCCGAUGGGGAUGAGGGGGUGAUCCCAAGCUUCAGAGACGCCGCCGCCGCUGCGUUUGGGGAGAGGUGGGCAAGUACGCCUUCGGGAUGGUACGAACCUGGUGGCGACAUGCCUUCAUUCGUUGCCGCCGGCCUCUUCGACGGGGGAAGCGAGAGUGACAGCGACCACAACAACGGCAGUGGAAACGGCAGUAACAGGAGCGGCAACCGAGGAGGCACACGCAGACAUCGCGCCCGCCCUCGUGGCACGACGCCAACAACGUUCGGAGGAAGAGUGCAUGAGCAGGACAGGAGGGGUGCAGGACCGAGAGGUAGCAACACCGAGACCAUGUCCAUCGGCCUGACUACCCCACCCCGAACGAAAUCUUCAACGACUGUGACUGCAGACACCGCGGGUGGCGAUGGUGGGGAUGGCGGUCGCCUUAGAAACGUGACCAUGGCACCUUCUUCCGAGCCUUCUGGCAGCAACAAGACCGGCGGUGGCGGUCGCGGCGGGAGAGGAGACGGUGGCGGCGGCAGCGGAGAUGUUGGCAGAGGCGGCACAGGCGGCGGUGCUGAUGGUAGCACAACGCGACGACUGCACACCACUGAGAGGAAUAACGCGAAGGACCUGGCGCAGUACUUGGGGGUCAGCGAGGAAGAAAGCCACAAAGAAAACGGCAGCAAGACGGGAGGUGAAGAAGGAAGGGGGGGAAGAGGGAGAGGGAAGGGGGGCGUGGACGGCCGGGAGCGGGCACAGAUGGACGGGGUACGCGAAGAAGGAGGGGGUACCGAGAGCGUGCAGACACACGGAAACGAAGACGAAAUCGAACGAGAAGGUGUCCCAGACCUGGAGGACGUGUUCGUGGAAGAGGGUGCUUUGGGAGACAUGAAGGCGGCCCUGGAAAAGGCCAAAGCGCUAAAGGCGAUGCUCGCCUCUGGCCUCCCGUCGAAGAUCGAAGAAGACAUGUGGAAGGAGCUCGAGAUAGUCGAGGAGAAAGCGAGAGGGAUAGACGAGCGCCUGCAGGCUGCCACUGCUACGGCAAUCGCCAGGGGGCUGAGGGCCUACGACGCCGCUCGCGCCCGUCUAGAAGGAGUGGCUACACUAGGACUCGGUACCCGAAAGGUUACAGCGCGGCUUCAGGUGACAGGGUUUCCCAUAUUUUCGCUUCUUCCGGCGGGCAUGGGAGAGCCGAUGGCCGGGCGUCUCGAAGAAGGGGCCCGCGAGGCGCGAGCCGAGACUCGUCGAAGGGUGGCGCUGGACGAAAUCGAUCGGGCCAAGGACCGCCAGAGGCGUGAGGAGGAAGAGAGGGAAAGAAAACACCUGGAAAAGCUGCGGCUGAAGGAAGAGGAGAAGAUGCAAGAGGAAGUGGACCUCUACGAAAGAGGGCUCAGCGCCAGGCAGCGGGCAGCCACCCGGGAGAGCGAGAAGGCUGAGGCAGAGAAGCACUGGAGACGCCUGGUCGCGAUAAGGCAGAGACGCCGGAAGGGCACUGCCGGAGCCGCGGCGGCUGUGAACAACCUCGGUGUGCUUCUCGUGGACCAGUCGGAGCGAGAAUCCGUCCACGCAGCGGAAGGGCGCAUGCUUCUCCAGGCUGCCGUGGCAAUGGCGGAAGCGGGUUCAAGAACACACAGCCACCCAGCAAGCGAGAGCAAAGCCAGGCCGUCAACACCACCGUCUUCGUCAACGACGACGCCCAAACCAACCGCUCGAAGCAGCGCAGGCCCGCCUCAAGCGGUAGCAGAGGCGGCGACGGCGGCGGCGGCGGCGGCGGCGGCGGCGGCAGAAGGCCACGGACGGACAGACGGGCAAGGAAAAAAGGAGUGGGAGAUGCUCCUCGCCCUGUUCAGCAGCAACCUCAGCUUCGCGACCGAGGGUCCCGGGCGCAACUACGACCACAACGAUGAGGAUCAGGACGCGGGCGUCGGCGAGAACGGCAGAGGAAACGAACAUGGAGCCAACAAGGAGGUGGAUGACGAGGUCGGCAACGAAUCACGGGGACAGGAGGGAGGGAGCAAUGUGAAAGACAGGUGUGUCGCUCUGUUCGAAGGCCUGUCGCCCGCCGCGAGCGUGGCCGCCUCCGGCCCCUCCGACUCCUGGGAGUGCCUCGGCGUCGGUGUGACUCUCUUCGAGCCGGAGGACCCGUUCUGGUGGGAGCGAGAGCACCCGGAGGACGACGAGGAGAGGAAGCAGGCCCUCGCCGCGCACAAGCUCAAGAAGUCCGAGGAGGGGGGGGAGCUAGAGGACGGCCACUUUAACGACACGCGCAGACCACAGGAAACUUCGACGACGAGGGAAGCUGUGGUGCGAAACCGUCAGGUCACUGAUGACGGAGAAAUGGGCGGAGGCUACACUGACCUGGAGGUGUUGGACGUGAUCGACCCCGGGCGGGCGGCGAGGAUUCGGAUCCGGCAGACCAGGCACAAAGCCCAGCAAGAGAGGCGACAGGUACUGCUGGAACGCCGCAAGAAGUACCAGCGCCAGCUGCGCCGGCAGGAUAAGGAGGCAGAGGCAGCGCGCGCGGCCUCGGCGCAGACCCGUGAGGCCUACCACGAGAGGGAGGUGGCUGCACGACGGCUGAAGAAAGAGGCCGACGAGAGGGAGAGUCGAAGGAGGACGGGACGCUUCGUGCGGGCAGCAGGGGCCGUGAAGACGCUACGAGCGAGAGCAUUUGGUGGAGAAGGUACAGGGCAAUCGGCAGGGGGGGCGAUAGGACUCGUAGCCCGGCAGCUAGCCAAGAACCUGACGAACAAGAUCAACGGUUGGGACGCUAACGACGCCGAAGGUGACGAAGGGACUGACCGGACUACGGGGGGGGAGAAGAAAGAGGCUCCUGUGGUGGACCCGAUCGCGGCGGCAGCGGCAGCGAGAGCGGCGGAACGGGCGGCCGUGCGGCAGGGGGCUGCCGCGAGAGCCAAGUCGGCCGGUGGCGGUGGCAGCAGGAAAAAAGUCGCAGUGGAGAGAACGCCCGACCCGUAA